UGCCUACCCUCAUGGCAGGCCGGGUAAUUGGUAAAAAGUAAAAAAAGAAAAAGUAAUCUGCCACCCUUGAGAUCUCACAAAUGAUACCUAUAUAUAAAUUACUGCCAUGCAUGGUUGCGUUCCAAAAUUACUGCCAUGGUUGGAGCUGGUGUUCUCAGUCUUUCAUGUGGUAUGUUUCACAUUAGAUGGGAACCAGGAAUAGUGGUCCUGGUUCGCUCAUGGGUGAUCACUCUCUACACACUAUGGCAUAUGGUGAAGAUGCAGGAGAUGAUUCUCAGGAAGCGAAUCGAUCGAUGCCUCGAGCUUGGCCAGCAAGCCCCUGGCGAGAAUCUAGGACUAUACAUUGUUGUACCACAACAACCCAUCUGCGAAGUUGGAGUAGAUAAAAUGUACAAGGUGAAGAGUGACAAAUCAUUACAGAAGAUAUAUAACCUGGCCUGUGAGAAUUGCAAGAAUAUCAAGUUGACUUACCAAAUCGCGAUUUCUUUAGAGGAUUCGCUUUUGCUCCAACGACAUACUUUGAGGACGAAGAUUAGAGGAAGAACAAGAUCGAGGAUUGGUUGUCGAUCACCGGUUCAAGGAAUGCCAAGUGGUGGUGUGUUGCCUUCCACAAUGUGGUUAUUAACGAAAUUACACGUAUACCAACCCCAGAAGCAUUCUCUGACCAUUUUGAACAACGUCAGAGGUAUUCUGGGACCAGGAAGAAUGUGCUUGCUCCUUGGACUCCCAGGGUCGGGCAAAUCAAAUUUGCUCAAAGCUCUCGCCGGAAAACUCGACAAAAACUUAAAGGUUAAUGGGAUUGUCACGUAUAAUGGGGAGAACCUCGAUUCCUUUUGUGUGCAACGGACAUCGGCGUACAUAAGCCAAACAGAUACACAUAUCGCUGAGCUCGCCGUGAGAGAAACUCUGGACAUUGCUGCCCGUUGGCAGGGAACCAAUAAAGACGUCGCAGGUUACUUGAAGGACAUGAUGCGACAAGAAAAGGAAAGAAAUAUUCUUCCGAAUCCAGAUUGGUGCAUUCAUGAAGGCAUCAUCCGUUCACGGUGGAAAGCACAAUGUUUCAGCAGACUAUAUCCUGAAAGUCCUAGGAACCGAUGCAUGCGCGGACACGAAAGUUGGUGAUCACAUGCAGAAAUGCACUUCCGAAGGUCAGAAUAAAGGGUCACAACAGGAGAAAUGAUAGUUGGUCCUAAGAAGACUCUUUUCAUGGACGAAGUAUCUACUGGGCUCGAUAGCUCUACGACCUACCACAUAGUGAAAUCCAUAGAAAACUUUGUCCAUUUGAUGGAAGGCAUGAUAUUGAUGGCCCUUCUACAGCCACCUCUCGAGACGUUCGAGCUGUUCGACGACUUGAUAUUAUCAUCGGAGGGGCACAUGGUCUAUCAAGGGCCUCGGGGGCGAGUCCUGGACUUUUUCGAGUAUUUCGAAAAUAUUGCCAAAAAAAUAUGAAAAUGUCCUUCGAAAAAAUACGUUCAAAUCGGCGAUUAAUAGACUUCAAUAUUGAAGAAGAAUAGUCUCAGUUAGGGCUGGAAGUUUGGUACCGGUA